GAAGUGAAUACACGACUUUUGUGUGAAAUAUUUUAAAAUCUAAAUCUUGUCAGGUGUGCUUAGCUGCGGCCCGUAACUAAAACAACAAAAUGUUCACAUGUCCACUCUGCAAUUCAGAAUUUAACGAUGGUCCACACUGCACUAACUGUCUUAGAUCAUUUGAUUAUCGAUGUGCUGGGAUCUCAGAAGCUGGAUUCAGACGACUCGGAGAAAGAAAAGGUAACCUAAAAGAUCUGGAUUUCAAAGUCAGCCAUAUUGAAGACACUAAUAAAUCGUUGCAAGAAGAACUAAGUCGCUUACAAGCCGAUGUACGUGAAAAGGAGCAAUGGGCAAGAGCAAACAAUGUGGAAGUAAAAGGAAUUCCUCUUAAGAGAAAUGAGAAUCUAUAUGACAUAGCCUUAAAAAUAGCCUCCGUUAUCGAAUUUCCAGUAAAAAAAGAAGAAAUAAACUUUAUUUCAAGGGUGCCCUCCCAGAAAUCUGACGUAAAAUCUAUUAUAAUAUCAUUCAACAAUCGCUAUAUCAAGGAAGAUUUUAUUGCUGCGUCCCGAAGGUUUAAGGACCUAAGACUGAAGUCGCUGAAUUUUCCCGAAGAAGGACAUGUAUUUAUAAAUGACCACUUAUCGAUGUAUAAUAAGCAACUUUUAAACAAAACUAAGGUCUUAGCAAAAGAAAGAAAUUUUCAAUUUGUAUGGGUGAAGCACUGCAAGAUAAUGGCAAGAAAGUCACCAACCUCGCCUAUACAAUAUAUAAAAACAGAAUCGGACCUCAAAAAGUUAAAAUAACUAUAUUGCUUAUUUUCCCUCAAUUUAACAUAUCAAUUAAAAGUUAUAAUUUUUUAAUUGUAAAGGCGGCUCACGAGUUGGACACCACUGCGCCCUUUUGUUCACUAAUGUGUUUAUUGCUCACUAUUGAAUGGGUCAUUUUUUUGACGCUUACGAUGUUUACGCUGUGCUCGCAUUCAAAACAAUUGCUUAUUUCUUUACGCAUAAGUAUCCUUUUCAAAUGUUUUUAUGUUUCUUUUUACUUAUUAUUUGUGUAUUUACUAAUGAUACGUCUCUGUCCGCUCUGCAAAUAUUCCAUCAAUACGUGCCUAACUUAUUUACUAACAUUGUUGCUACCCUCUGUUUUAACUAUAAAGCUGAUUACUCAUAUUUAUUCGACCAUAACUACUUCGAUAUUACUUGUAAUUUAUGCAACACCUUUUUUUAACUUACUUAAUAGGUUUAUUUGUUCUCACCGGAAAAUCUUCAAUAUUACUAGACCUUUACAUUUUAAUUUUCUAUUAAUGUUAUACCUGAACCGAAAUAUGUCACGGA